AUGGCUAAAACAAAAAGAGUUCGACAAACAACAUCUCCAAGCCGACGUCCAUCUACUACAACUCAUCAAGCAAAAGCAAAAGCAGAAGUAGAGAAUGAACCAAAUCUUUGGCCAACUUUGAUCUAUUGGAAAGAAGUAGAAAACUGGAGAAUGAUAAAUCUACUGAGUAAGAUCGAUACUUUACGUGAGAUUCAAAGGGAUCAAGAUAAAAUUAUGCAGUUGAAAGAUAUUGUGGAUUUGUUACAGGAUCAAGAACUUAAGUUCGUAGACUUUGAGAAUAGUUUGGAUGUGUUGCAGGGUUUAUAUAACUCCUUAGUUGAUCAGAUUAAUAGCUUGCAAGUUUUAAGUCGCCAGUUAUUGAUGAUUCAAGAGCAGGUCGAUUGGGAAGAAAGCAAUGUGUCAGAAUCUUUAUCUGCCACAUAA